AUGUCCAUUUUCGAACAAGACGACAAGACUUGUAGGUCUCUUGUCAAAGUGGCCGAGGAUAUACUGCUGCAACUCUGCUGCGAGGUAUGGACUUUCGACGAUGAAUAUAACCAGUCGUAUCCAGCGAGCCAAGAUACAGCAAAAAAUACUGGGAAACAGAAAAUAUCUCGCACACUUCGCGAGACACCUCGCAGCGACUCCAGGGUGACGGCUCCCAACAUGAACAACUCUCUCCUUCGCCUCCCAGCAGAAAUCCAAAUCAUGAUCCUGCAACACCUCACAUUCGGCCAAGUUGAGGCCCUCCGACGAACAUGUCGGUCUCUACGAUACAAUUUGAGCAAACCCGUUAUACGUUUUAUCUUCCCGAGUAUAAAAUAUGAGCUGCUGUCAACGUGCUACCGGUGUCUUGCAUACGAUCCAGAGAGAGAUACUCUUAUCAAAGCAGAUGAAUCAGACGCGCGAUACCCGCUGGCCAACGAGUGCAUCGACUGUGUCGCUUCGAGGGGAGGAUUCUCUAUAGGACGCACGUAUACGCUUGCAUCGCGUUCGACGGUCUGUGUGUGUCGAUACUGUGGAUUUCCUGUGACUUCGGAUGCUGCGUGGAAGGAGUACGAGUUUCAUCGGAAGUGUUAUAGACGGUAUCGUAUGAUACUACUGUACUACUUUCUGUCCGGUUUUGCGCAGGGAACGAUAACGAUUGCUGCGUCGGCUCUGUGUUGGAGAUACUAUAAGGGGAGAGCCAUGAUUAUCGCGCCUACGAUUCGACGGUGUUCUUUAUUGGCACAAACAUUCGACGUUUCGUCGUAUGCUCAACAAAGCGGCUACUUUUGCGAUAUUCUGGACGUACCCGCCGAGUAUCGAACAGAAGUUUCCGGGGAGAUGGUUUAG